CUGUUUAUCUGUCUGUCUGUGGGGCAAAUACUAGAACAGAAAGACUAUUUAGUGAUAGGUUUUGAUGACGCAGUGAAACUCCGACACAGACAACACUAUCAAUGUCUGACUGGCGAUAUAAGGUUCAAGCAUUCUUGUCACUAUCAACUCUACGAAGUAAAUUCCGUCUGACGUUCCACACCACAUCUCUAUCAGCCUGACUACAAGUGAACGAGACGUAAAAACACUGAUGGCAUAAAGACGCAAGAAAGGAUCGGUAACGAGGGACGAGUCUCUUCAUUGAUAGCGAGUGUGUGAGGACGCAGCACAACAGAGGCGGGAUGAGGGUGCAGGUGGCGUGGGCGGCGGUGGUGCUGCUGCAGGUGCUGGGCUGCUGCUGGGCCUUCGGGAGCUACCCAGGAACCUUCUACCAGAUGAUGCUGCGGCUCAACAAGGAGCGGAAGUACGCGAGAACAGCGCCAUCCCCCAGCAGACUUUGGGCGAUCUUCAACCCGGCGGCCACACUCGGGUCUCUUAGCGAUGUUCCCUUUGACUCCAAUCGCGUGGUGCGGAGGGAUCUGGAGCCCCGACAAGUACAGCAACCCUCAACCCAGAGACCAACAUCGCCUGCCGAAGAGUCCCGGCCCCUGAGUGGAAGCUCGGGACUGCCAGGCGGAGAGUCCCAGCCCACGAGUGAGGCGCCGGAACAUACCAGCGGAGGAUCGGCACCUGGGAGUGGAGCAACAGACCCUACAGAGUCUACAACGGGAGUAUCAGCAUCUACAGGUGGAGGAUUAGAGGCGGAAUCAGAGCCUGCAAGUGGAAGACCAAAUGCAGGAUUGGAAGCUACAAGCGCACGACCAGUAACAGGAAUUUCAGAAGAUACAAGAGGAGGGUCAGAUGCCAUUACUGAAGAAUCGGAAACUACAAGUGAAAGACCUAACUCUACAGAACCUACAAGAGAAGUGUCGGAAACGAUAAACGGAGAAUCAGACUCUGCAAGUAGAGGGUCAAAUGAAGGAUUCAGUAACGCGACAGAAUCCGAGACUGGAGACGCAGAUACCACAACUAGAGGAUCAGAACCUGUGACUGAGGAAUCAAACAACAUAAAUGAAGGACUGGAACCUACAAGUAUUUCCCCGGGUGCUGUAAGUGGGACAGGGCAUGAAGGGGCGAAGGAGGCGUGUGGGAAGGAGGUGGUGAUGCCCGCUCCCCCAGCCUCCCUCUCGCCCACCCAAGGCUUCACACUCAAGCAGAACCUUUCCACUCCUGGCUGGGAUGAAGGACGUUACCCUGAGGACGUGGAGUGUGUGUGGAGCCUCAAGGUGGGGCCGGAGUGCGAGGUGGGGCUGCUGAUGUACCAGGUGCUGCAGGGCGAGGUGCUGGAGUCCCCGAGGUGUACAGGCGAUUACCUUGAGUUCCUGCAGCCAAACAGCCACGCCACGAGGUACUGUGGGCCCUUGGUGAACAACAGGGACAAGGUCUCGGGGAUCGAUUCCUGGCACUCGUCCCAGGAGAGAACCACCGUCAUCCGCUUCAGGUCGGAGAUAAAAAGGUCGCUGCAGGACCGCUCUGUAUCUGGCACUCCGCGAGGCUUCCUGAUGGAGGUGACCUAUUACUGCUGGCUUUACAAUAAGGAGGCUGCUGUGUCAACACGGGAAAACGAGGUCAGCGGGGAUGAAGGCCAGCAGCAUGACGGAGGAAGGACAGAAGGAAGCGCGGAGGAAACCUUGGAAAAUAAUAUCAAGGAAAACGAGCAAAGUGAACACGAUAAUUCUCAGGAUGAGGCGCUGAUCUAGAAUAUUGGAAUCUGUCGACGUACAUUCAUUCAGGCUGUGUGUGUGUGUGUGUGUGUGUGUGUGUGUGUGUGUGUGUGUAGUGUAGUGUAUUUGUAACAUUAGCCGGGCAUUAGUAUUAACAUUUAGUCUUUUAAUACACACUUUGAUAUCACUACGUAAGUUUAUUUCACCAUUGUUAUUGUUUCUCGUCGUUGUUAAGUACUGCUCUCCAUGAUCCGUGACCCAAGAUAGGAGUUAGCUUAAUCUUGAUCUUGGCCUGACGUCCCCCUUUCAAGACUGUACUUACGUGCUGAGUUCUGCCACCUUUAAAUCGGGAUAGAUCUCUCAACAACAACAAAAAAUCUAAUGACGUUUAUUUCAUAUAUAUAUGUUUCACACCACAACUAAAAAAUAAAUACAUCUAUAACCAA